GGACACUGAUGAUCAGUGUGCUCUGAUGAUCUGUGUAGCCCCAGCAGUGCCACCUGUCAGUGUCCAUCAGUGCCACAUCAGUGCCGCAUUUCAGUGCCUACCAGUGCACAUCAAUGCCACAUACCAGUGCCCAUCUGAGCUGCCUUUCAGUGUCACCCAUCAGUGGCAGUCAUCAGUGCCAGUCAGUGACGCCCGUCAGUGCCCAUCAGUGCUGCCUAUCAGUGCCGCCUAACAGUGCCAGUCAGUGCCACCUAACAGUGCCUGUCAAUGCCCAUCAGUGCCACCUACCAGUGCUUCCUCAUCAGUGCCACCUAUCAGUGUCCAUCACUACAGCCUCAUUAGCGCACAUCAGUGAAGGAGAAAAUUCACUUAUUUAUAACAUUUUAUAA